AUGUUUCAUUAAUCGCAAUCUCUUAAUAAUCUAUAAAGGGAUCUUCAUCUAAAACCCUUACAAAUAGCAGCAAGAUAUCCGGAAAGUGUUGACUUCAACAUUAAGUUAAAGUUCUUUUUGCCACAGAUUAAAAUGACUGAACAAAGUAGUGUGUUUACAGAAUAGUCAAAGUACCUUCGACUACCAUAGUUAUAAAAUCACAUGGCAUCAAGUGAUUAGCUUUAAAGUAAGAAGAUUGAGAUAAGAAAGUCAAUCACUCCUAAAUAUUAAAGGAGAUAAACAACUAUAUAUGCUAUGAGAACUAAAGCAGGAUGUCAAAUUAAUAAAGCUACAAAAAUCAAUCAAGAUUCAGGCAUUGUUUGUCCUAAAAUUCUUGAGAAGUAUCCAUCCAUAAUAAAUAAACUAGUAUUGGUUAUAAGCUAUUUGCAGUCUCCGAUGGACAUGGUCUAAAUGGCCAUCUUGUGUCUAAUUUUAUCAAAUAAACGCUUCCUAAAUAUUUCCAUAAGUUUUUAGUAGUUAACCAAGAAGAUAUUAAAAUGUAAAUAGCUAGAGCGUUUGCAAUUACAAAUAGAGAAAUUUGGAACUCAAAUACUGAUACGAAUCUUUCUGGCUCUACUACGGCAUCAGUACUCAUCACAAAAGAUAUUGUAACCUGAGAUUGUUAUAAUUUUAUAGAUUUAUACUGCAAACAUUGGAGAUUCAAGAGCAAUUUUAUGUAAGUUUGAUUAAAUUUGGAAAAUUGUACCAUUAACGAGAGAUCAUAAACCAGAUGAUCCUGAAGAAAUGAAGGCUAUAAUGGAUGCAGGAGGUAGAGUUGAACAAUAGAAAGGUUAUAAUCAAAUUACUUAAUUUAGAUUUUCAAGGGAAUCCAAUAGGACCCUUUAGAGUUUGGUUAAAGCAUAUCUAAGCGCCAGGUUUAGCAAUGUCCAGAUCUUUUGGUGACAAAGUGGGAGCUUAAGCAGGAGUAACAGCAAUCCCAGAAAUUAAAGAAUUUCCUUUGACUAAACAUAGUCAAUUCAUAAUUGUUGCUUCUGAUGGGGUUUGGGAAUACUUGAGUAACGAAGAGGUAUUUUGUUUAAUAAUUAGGUUAUGGGUUUGGUGAUCCCAUACUUUGAAAAGGAUAAUCCAGAACAUGCUGCAGAGAAAGUGGUUAAAGAGGCAAUCUAAGCAUGGAGAAGAGUAAUAUUUGAUAUUCAAUUUUAGAAUAGUUUAGCAAGAGACGACAUUACUUGCAUUGUUAUCUUUCUAUGA